AUGUUAACUGAACCUGAAAACACAAAAUACGUGCGGCCAAAGAAGUACGUUUGCCCCCUAGAAUCCUGUGCUAAAGCGUACACCAGGCCGUCCUUGCUUCAACAGCAUCGUAGAACACAUACCAACGAAAGACCCUUUGCGUGCCCGGAGCCAGGGUGCGGCAAGCGAUUCUUUAGAAACUCACAUUUACAAGUCCACAAACAUAUCCAUGCCAAGGAAAAGCCAUUGAAGUGCAGUGUGUGCAACAAGGGCUUCAUCACGAAUCAGCAAUUGUUGCGGCACACCAAAACCCACAAGGCCGAGUUUCUGUGCCCAUACGACUGUGGAUCGCAGUUUACUGAUGGUGGAACCAUGACCAGCCACGUGUUGGAAAACCAUAUGAACAGUGAUGUCCUAUUUCCUUCGUACGCCUCGGAGGGAUUGUCAGAAUCGCUUUCUGAAAGCACCCAUAGCCAUUCUACUUCGCCAUCAAUAGUGGGAUCUGAACGGGUUGGCGAGGAUUUCUUCUCCGAUCUUCACUGUAAGGAACCCGAAUGUGCUGAAUAUGAUGCCUAUGAAACGAUAGCACACUUGAUAGAACAUUACGAUAACUUCCAUUCGUUUGUUCCUCCCGGGUUGUUCCAAUAA